AUGGUAGUGGUCGCCGGUGAGGCCGUGGAGGCUCUGCUGCCCAACGAUACCUUGGCGAACAUCGUCGAGGGGGUGCGCGUGGAGGUUAAAGACGGCAGUGUGACCGCUAUCGGGGCAUUGUACCAGCAGCACCGCCGGCGGGAACGUGUAAAGCGGCAGUACGAGGAUUGUCGUACAGCUCUCGAAGGCAUUCGUUGCGACCAUCUGACAGCCAUUCGGCAGAGCCGCAGCGGCGGCGCCGCCGGCGAUGUUGCCGUACAGUCGACAUGUUCUUUGUGCUUGUCACACCUCGAUCCAGAGGAUGGAUCCACACCGCCGCCGUCGUCCUUGCACCCUCCCAUAGCGCUUGCCGUGGUAAGGCGUCAUGCCGUACCGGGCCUCGAUGGCGAUGGUACGGACAACGAGGACGCCGCCAGCGUCGACGCCAGUGAAGACCUGGAGGCGGCGGCGUGUCUGAAGCGGCCGCUGAUUGGGCCACCGCCGCUGUGGCGGCCCGCGGUAAUGUUCCCUUGCGAGCACGUCUUCUGCCAGCCUUGCAUUGCCACCCAGCCGCCAUUGCCUCAGAAAACGCUUCGGACUAUGCCGCCGCCGCCGCCGCCGCCGCCGCCGCCGCCGCCGCCCAGCCCGGCAGUAGCGCCGACGAUGGCGGCGGUACAUUACUACUGCUUACACGACUCAGGGAGCUUUGGAAGGCACGGCGACCUGGUGGCGGCGGCGGCGGCGGCGGCGGCGUCCAUGGGCUUGGAGUACGGCUGGGUCCGUCAGGCCGCGAUGAUCAGUUUCCGAUACUGA